CAGAGUCGGAUGAUUCUGUAUAAACAAUCAUUCAGGAAGACGUGGAACUGCACGGCCGUGAAACAUAUGGACUCCUGGCUUCACUGGAGUGAAGGAGAGGACGAGGACACAGCCAUUCAGCUCAAGGACAGCGUCUAUGGUCCUUAUGCAUUCCAUAUGGCCACGCCUACCUAUGCAGUGUGUACCUUUCUAUGUGGGGUUGGGGACGAGAAGAGGUCCCUGGGGUCUGCCCCGUCUGACCUCCAAUGUCUACAGGUGUCUCUAGGACAGUGUCAGGCCCAGGCCCAGAGACUUGCUCUUGUUGCUAAGCAUCUCUGGUCACAUGCAGCAUUGUUGUCAUGCCAACAGUAUUCUCCAAG